AACUCGGCCAAGUCAGUUGGCAUCUCGCCGCUCUGAGCAAAAUGAUGCCUUCGUUUUCGAGCGUGAUUCCGCGAUCAAGCAUCUCGAUCAGCGGUGCUUAAUAAUGUCCUUGUGACUUCAACGUAAAAAUUAUAGACUUUGGAUUUACAUCCUAUCUAUGCUUAACGCAAACCAGGCUGUGUGAACGUGUAUCAAUUUCUUGCAAGUGAAUGGAGAACUUUUGCCAAGUUUAGUUUAUAAGAUAGAAAUUGGACAGCUGAAGUUGAAUAAGAGGGUGAACGAAAGUGUUCGGGGACCGCAGGUAAGACUUCAUUUCGCGGAAUCAAGAUGAUGCUCGUGUGUUAACGAUAUAAAUACGCGACAAGAGGAGAAUGUUAAAAGAUUAAAGAGUCCUCCGCAAAAAGCGGAGAACUCGUAAAUGAAAUCGUAUUGAUUAUCGCCAAAGGCAGGUGCGAGAAAAGAGGAAAAAUGUUGGAUACGAUGGAUGCGGAGCAAAGCAUGAACAACGGCGUGAUAGUGUCACAGCUCGCGAAUUCGCACACGCCACAAGAUUUCACUGUCUCACGACUGCUGUCCACAUCAACGCAAUCCUUGGAUUGUAGCGAAACCUCCUCAACUAGUGGAAAUAGAAGACCUAGGAGGAGUAGGACAACCUUUUCGGCGCAACAGUUGGCUGCGUUAGAAAGAGUGUUUGAGAAGACACACUAUCCGGACGCUUUCGUUCGCGAGGAACUGGCGACCAGGGUGUCUCUGUCCGAGGCUAGAGUACAGGUGUGGUUCCAGAACAGGCGGGCGAAGUUUCGGCGGAACGAGCGGAGCUCGGCGAUGAACCGUGGCGUCUCCGCAGGUAGAGAGAUGGAGGCCGCGUUACCGUUGCGUCCCAUCAGAGUGUCGCAUCCCUCGCAGCAUAAUACGGAGAACAAUACGGAAUCGUCGCAGAACACGACCACCCAAGUAACGGCCCAGUAUUCUUACGGUGAUUAUUGGAGAACGACGCCGCAGCAUUACGCGAUGCAGACCGCCAGCUGUCACGGUUUCGCCGCGAACGGUGGUUUGGCGAACGUGAGUCUACCGCCGUAUCAUCACCAUCACCAUCAUCAUCAUCAUCAGGCCGAUAUCCACCAUGGGUCCCUCGAUGGACCCACCAUGAACGGCUUGAACGCUUUGAGACUACGAGCACAUCCCUACGGCUCGACGUAUCCAGCGAUGCACGCGAGUAUGUGAUAUCGUUCACAGGAAUCGAAUCUGCAAUAUGGCAAUUUGUAGUGUAUUUGAAUUGCGCUUCACAAGCUGAUCCUGGAGACGCGACGUGAGGAAUCAUUCAUCUUAGAUGUUGUCGAAACCAAAGAUAAAAUUUGACUGGCAGAAAUCGAUUUAAGAUCGCAACUUGAGAUGUUGAAAAUCCAAGGAUGCUAACGUCUCGCAUAGUAUCGGGUAUCCCGGGAUUUUAUGUGCAAAGAUUUGAUGAUGCAAAUAUUCUGCAAAUUAUCACUGUAAAAACGUUCAACGUUGAUCGAAUGCCUUAACCAAUGAUAAUCAUUAUAGAUAAUAAUUAGAUUAAGUUUAAACUAUAAGUUUUAAACACACAGGGUAACGAAUAAAUAAGUCAUCUUCUUUUUCCCGUCGAUAGAAUAGCAUGUUAAGUUACGAGAAAGUAUAUUGAUAUCUUAAUUAAACAUAUAAAUACAGUAGAACGUUAUUCUGCAAAGUU